AUGGCUCCGGUGCCAGCUCUCUUAUGGCGGUCUUUGCGCACACAUCAGGUUUACGGUGCAAAUACAGACGUUGGAAAGACUAUAUUCAGUACAAUUCUGUGUAACUCUGCAUCCAAGAAGGGGGACAAGACAUGGUUUUUGAAACCUGUUUCUACCGGUGCUGCUGAUGAAGCUGAUGGAUGGUGUAAUCAUAUUCAGAAAUUCGCUCCAUCGACAAAUCACGAGACAUUGUUCCAAUAUGACAUUCCCUGCAGUCCUCACAUCGCUGCUAAAGUAUCCGGCAAGCCAAUUCCUUCUGAUGACGCCGUCCUAAGAAGGAUUCACGAAUCUGUCUCUCGGUACGCAUCCGAAGGUCCAGGGUGGUUGUUUUUAGAAACUGCUGGUGGAGUGCACUCGCCUGGACCAUCUGGAACACCACAAGCCGAUCUCUACACUCCUCUACGCGCACCUGUUAUUCUCGUGGGUGAUUCAAAGUUGGGUGGUAUAUCACAAACCAUCUCUGCGUAUGAAUCACUGAGAAUGAGAGGUCAUGAUGUCGAAACCAUUCUCUUGUUUCAAGACAUGAAAUAUGAGAAUUAUCAAUAUCUCAAGGACUAUUUCUCGAAACAAGGCGGAAUUCCAGUUGAUACAGUUCUUGAACCACCUUCUCGAUUGCCGAAUAUCCAACAAGAUACAGAACAAAUGAGAGAGUACUACGCCUCUCAAAUCAACAAUGUUGCACAUGUCCUCGAACAUCUCGACAAGCGCGGUAAACAACGGAUAUCUCGGCUCGAAUCGCUAAGUGAAAAAGCUAGUAAAAGUAUCUGGUACCCGUUUACGCAGCAAAAGCUUGUGACAGCAGACACCAUCUCUGCUAUUGAUUCAGCGCAUGGAGAUUAUUUCCAAGUUCUCAACAAAAAUUCAGAAAAUCUUGUUCAACCUGCUUUCGAUGGCUCAGCAUCGUGGUGGUCUCAGGGUUUGGGACAUGCAAAUUCUCGUCUUACCCUUGCAGCAGCGUAUGCAGCUGGUAGAUACGGACACGUCAUGUUUGCCGAGGCUAUUCACGAGCCUGCACUUGCACUAGCCGAGAUGAUGCUACAGGGCUCUCAAAACUCACGCUUCACAAGGGUGUUUUACUCUGAUAAUGGAAGUACCGGCUGUGAAGUGGCAGUCAAAAUGGCCCUCCGAGCAGCUAGACUUCGUUAUGGCUGGGGUCCGAAUGAUAACCUUCAAAUUCUAGGACUCAAGGGGAGUUAUCACGGUGACACCAUUGGCGCAAUGGACUGUGCUGAGCCUUGUGUCUAUAACGAAAAGAUUGAGUGGUAUGAAGGCAAAGGGUAUUGGUUUGACUAUCCUACAAUCCAAUGCGUUGAAGGGAAAUGGGUUGUUAGUGCACCGAAGGAAAUCGGACAAGACCAAAAAUUGGAGUCUAUUUCGGAGGUUUUUAACCUUGAAUCCCGACUCAAGACCGAACAGUACCGAGGAUACGAAAAAUACAUCGAAAAGACUCUAAAGAAACUCCAAGAUCAAGGGAGAAAGUUUGGAGCCUUGAUGAUGGAGCCAAUUAUUCUUGGAGCUGGAGGCAUGAUAUUUGUGGACCCCCUCUUUCAGAGGGCUUUAGUGGAUGUCGUUAGGCGUUCCCCUCACCUGUUCGGCACUGGAACCGACGAGAUAUCAGACCCACAGUGGUCUGGACUCCCUGUAAUAUUCGACGAGGUCUUUACCGGCUUGUACCGGUUGGGUCGGUUUACAGCGGCAUCAUUUCUCGGCGUUGAACCCGAUAUUUCAGUCAACGCUAAACUUCUCACUGGAGGUUUAGUUCCUCUUUGCACGACAAUGGCUUCAGAAUCUAUCUUUGAUGCUUUCAAGAGCGACGACAAAAGUGAUGCUUUAUUGCAUGGACAUAGUUAUACUGCCCAUGCUGUUGGAUGUCAAGUCGCUGUUGAGUCAGUAUCUGAGAUGCAGACUAUGGAAAAGAAUGGUGAGUGGAAGUGGGCAGAGAAGGAUUGGGCUGAGGAAGAAACUCAAGCUUGGAGUGUAUGGUCUAAGGAUUUUGUGACGGACAUCUCACAUAAUCCUCAGGUACUGGGCGUUUGGGCUUUGGGAAGUGUUCUUGCCAUUAGUCUUCGCGAUGAAGAUGGGGUAGGAUACAAGAGUCUUGCCGCCAAGAAGAUUCAGAGCCAUCUGAGGAAAGGUACUGGAUCUUGGAAUGCUCAUAGUAGAGUUUUGGGCAAUGUCUUUUACGUCAUGGCGAGUCAAAAGACGAGUCGCCAGAGCAUUACAGAGCUACAAGGUUUAUUAUUGGAUGCCUUAAGUAAAUAG